UCCUUAAGCAUAAACAAUGUGACUGUUACGCCUGCAUUAACCCAUAUUGUCCCAUAAUAUUCUACAUAACAGCCGGUCUAGAAGCUUCCAUGUAUUUUCGAGCGAACGAACAAGAAAUAGCUAAAAAUUACUUCAAUGGUGUUAUAAGGUCUUUUGAUUACUUUGAUACAAAGCUAAAAGCAGUUUUAACAUCAUAUACAGAGUUGGAUUUCGAGAAAUAUGUAGUAGAUCAUACUAGAAUAAUGUUUGAAGAGGAAUUUAGGAAGGUGAAAUUAGAAAUUUUGAUCGAAGCGUCGUUUUUUGAGCUUAAAAAUGGUAAUUUUGAUGCUGCAGAUGAAUAUAUCGUGACUGUACAUGAGAUUUGCCAGGAUCUGCGACUAAAUGAUGUGUAUUUGAGCAAUGAAAUCCUGAAUUUGAUGAUAGCGUCAGCUAAACUGAGGAAUGUGGUCAAAAAACAAGCGUUUGAUUUAGAAACUGAGUUCGAAAAUCUGAAAUUGAGUCCGAAAAUGAAGAUGGAAGGUGAUAAAACGCCCGUAUCGAAGGCCAAACUCCCCCAAUUAUCGGCUAGAAAGGUCAAAGACGAGGAAUUACCGAAAAAACGUAAAGUUAUAAAACUUAACCUCGACGAAAACAGUUCAGACGAAAAAGAAGAGAAACCGAAACCAAGAAAACCGGUGUCCGAAUUCAAAAUACCGGUUCCGGUGACAUCGAAACCUGUUUUAGAGAUAUUGACACCGAGACCGUCAAGAAAACCGGUGAUCACAGUCACUGACACAGCGAAAACACCUGUAAACGACAAAACAGACAAAUCUAAUGAAUUCUUUACCCCCAUGUCGACUCCUGAACAAUUCUUCACGCCAUUGAACACAAUAAAAACAUACUCAAAAUCUACUUUAAGAAAAGGCUUAGUCAAAAAUCUGGAACAUGAGUUUGCGACACCUAAAGCUGUGUCGCAAAAGGAGAAUUCUAAAAACCUAGAUGCCCCUAGGUCUUCUAGGAAGGAGGAGAAAGAUAGGGCUUUGAAAAGAGCCACUAGUCCUGGUAAAUUGACUGAAAGUAAGACCCGCCCCCGUAGGCUAAGGCAACCUAAGUUAAAUGAAUAAGGGGGGAAAGGUAGGGCUAUUACACAGUCUGAUUAAAGCUAAUAAUAGGGUAGAUGACUAAUUUUUGUUCUAAUGUCCGUCUUGUUGAUUAUUUUAAAACAUUAGACACGUAUUUUUUAUUUUAUUACGGAAACAAAUACUUUCGAAGAUAUAUCGUGUGACUUCACUUCUAGGUACGUUUUUACAUAGAAAUAACGUAUUUGCUCUCACUCCUAAACUUUGAUUCGUUUUAUUUAAGUA